AUGUCACGAAAUAAAAAAAGAAACACUAAUUUAACGAAAGAAAAAACACGGUUUAUAAUAUAUGAUCCAAAUAAUGCUACACAUUCACGUACAAAACACACAUUAACGCAAUCACAAUUAAUCUAUUCAAAUCCAUGUUCUGCAUCCACUUCUCCCCGUGAACCUCUUUCUUUAUCACUUCCAUCUCCUUCAUUAUCUUUAAAUUUAUUUUCGUAUUCAGAACAGCAACCUUCUAUUCAUGUAUUAUCGACAAUUAAACAUAUACAACCAACAAAUCGUAAUGAAAGCUGGAUAUUGUCAAGUCAUGGUAGAACAAAACUAUUUGUGGAAAUCGUUUUAAAUCUUCCUGCUCAACAACUAAUAUUGGAAACCAUUUGA